UAGAGGGCAAGCAAACGCGUACCGAUCGAAUCCGAAUGGCCGGCUAUCCUCCCGGUUCCGGCUACCCUCCCUACGGCGCUCCUCCGGCGGGACAACCCUACGGCUACGGAAGCCCUUACGGAGCCCCGCCGCCGUCCUAUGGAGCUCCGCCACCGCCCUAUGGAGGCCCCGCACCGUCAGCACCCCCGGCGGGAGAGAAACCGCCCAAGGAAGGCAAGAACCAGAGCUAUAGCCAGCCCGGGUACUACGGCCACUCCGCUCUACCAUCCGCUUCGGCCUCUCAGUCUCCUUAUCCAAGGCCGUACAGCAGCGGCCCGUUCGCGUCGCUCGUACCCUCAGUGUUUCCGCCGGGGACCGACCCCAACGUGGUGGCGUGCUUUCAGGCCGCGGAUCGCGACGGAAGUGGGUCCAUCGAUGAUAAGGAGCUGCAGCAAGCGCUCUCGUCCUACAACCAGAGCUUCAGCAUGAGGACCGUUCAUCUCCUAAUGUACCUCUUCACCUCCACCAACGUCCGCAAGAUCGGGCCUAAAGAGUUCACUUCUGUCUUCUACAGUCUUCAGAGCUGGAGGGCUAUCUUUGAGAGGUUUGAUCGUGACCGCAGUGGCAAGAUUGACACUACAGAGCUCCGUGAGGCCCUUCUGAGCCUUGGUUUUUCUGUUUCCCCAUCAAUCCUGGAUUUGCUUGUUUCCAAAUUUGACAAAUCUGGAGGCAAGAGUAGAGCCAUCGAAUAUGACAACUUCAUCGAGUGCUGUCUCACGGUCAAGGGUCUGACAGAGAAAUUCAAAGAGAAGGACACCGCAUAUUCAGGUUCAGCAACUUUCACCUACGAGUCUUUCAUGUUAACCGUCUUGCCCUUUCUCAUUGCUUAAGUGUUUUUGCCUUUGCUGUUUAGCAAAGGCUCAACUACUGCUUAUGUUUGACUGGUAUUUAUAUGUGAGCGCCUUCCAAGUUGUAAGUGAACCAAUUUAACCAUUGUUGCUCGGAACUUCCUAAUUUGAUGGGCUUGUGUGCUA